UCAAAUCAAUUUGUUUUUUUUUUUCCCUGCGACAUUCAUCUCGUUGAGCUUUUUCCACAAUUCGCCUCCGAUUCCACGUUUCUCCUCCAAUCUCGUUUGACACUGACGAAGAUGAACGAGGAAGUAGAUGAUUCGCAUCCGACGGUGAAAGCAGACGUGGCGAUGAACGAGGAAAUAACGACGAACGAAGCAGCAGACGAGUCAAACACGGAGAUCGAUGAGGAAGCUGUAGUAGCCGCAAACACACUCCUUGACAUCUUCCGUCAGCAAUCCAAACUGCUGAAAGUGGUGUAUCCUAGCACAUUCCAACAUCAAUGUGCAUUGGUAGGAUGCACACUGUCUAGGGAGAGUGGAAUGGUGUACUGUUGUGUGUGGCAUCAAGAUCUGGCGUCAAAAUUGUCUAAGGAGGACGUCUCUCUCCACUGCUUCGGUGGGUUCACCAAUCCAGCCGCAAGAAAUCUCACAUGUGCAGCAGCUGUACGUUUGAAAAGACAGAACAUUGACGUUGGUAUACCUGAGUUUGAUAACGAAGACAUCUUCACCACUUAUCCAUGGGAUCAGCCCGAGCUCUUCACCAUACCUCAUCCUCGACCAAACCGCGCCUGGCUAUUUUUCCAUAAACGACCUUCAAUCUACAAACACAUAAACAAGGUUUUGGGCAUACAUUGGAAGGCAGACCGUCUGAAAUCUUUCAGAAUGGAUGAUGAAGAAGUUAUAGCUACAAAGACACUCACCUUACGCUUUGAUAAGACGGGCUCAGAAGAUGUUAAACACGCACAGCAAGGAACGUGGACUCUCCAUCACUAUGAGUAUGAAGGUGUCUCUCUAUAUUGCCUUACCUAUGUAAUGGGCGACAACAUGUCUGAGAAUAAAAAAGGCAAAGACGACAGUGACAAGGAGGAGGAGGACAAGACUCAUAAGGAAGAUCCCAAGGAAGAUCCCAAGGAAGAUAAGACUGGAAAGCCAAAACAGGGCAAGGGAAAUAAGAGAAACCAGGACCAGGAAAAAAGGAGAAGAACCACCAAUAAAUCUUCUCCUGCUACUGCAAUUCCAGAGGUUACCAUGGAUUCACUUCUCACAAAAUUCCAGGACUUUGUUGUCACUGUUCCAGGUUGGCUUGUUAAUACAGAAAAUGCAGGCUUUCAUGCCAAUACAGAUGCAAAGCCAGAGGCUAAAUUGCGCAAGAACUAUAGGGAGAAUAUAAUAUCCAGUUAUGAGCUAUGUUACAGGGGGUGGUCUAAUUUUGAUCCCAAAUUGUUUUUGCUUCCCUCUUUCCUGGAGGCGAUCACAGAGGCAAGCUUCAGACGCAUCAAUUCUCAAGCGUAUCCCAGUGUUUUUGUCUUUCAAAUGUUUCAGCAUGACUUCUUUGAGAAAUUGAUGGUUGAGGCAGAAACUUUCAGAAAGUGGGUUCAAGAGAAAAAUUACCGGAUCAGGAGACUUAACAACACGAGUAACUACGGUGUUGUGCUUGGCAACUUUGGCCUGGAUAUUUUCUUUAACAAACUCAUGCAGGAUUUUAUCUUUCCUCUUUGCAAAGUAUUCUUCCAUGAAGUGCGUGGAGCAAUGUUUGACUCUCACUAUGGCUUUUUUAUUGAAUAUGGUGAUGAUAGGGAUGCUGAAUUAGACUUACAUAUGGAUGAAUCAGAAAUUACAUUGAAUGUUUGCUUGAAGAAACAAUUUGAGGGAGGGGAAAUAUUCUUCGGAGGCACACGAUGCAAAAAACAUAUGACGACAAAGUUUAAGGCAGAGGAAAUGUUUCGUUACACUCAUUUACCGGGUCAAGCUAUACUUCACCGUGGCCGCCACUGCCAUGGUGUCAAUACCACAAGAACACCUUGUUAUCGGGCCACUAUAAUUUUUUCGGGAAAAUUUUUCGAUUUUGGCGGGAAAAAAAUUUUGGCGGGAAAUUUUUUGGCGGGAAAAUAUUUAACUGAUACUGUAUAUGAGUUUGUGACCUAA